AUGGGGACCUUUUACGGACACGCGACCCCGGGCUGUCUGCUCCUCUUCCUGGGCCUCUGGAACUUCCGCUGCUCCGUUAUAAACUUCCUCGCCUCUCCGCAAUCGUUCGCCGCGCGCGUGUGGCAUCCCAUGCCGCUGCCGGGGCACUGGGCGCGAAUGCAGCUGUACGCGGUAGUGGGAGGCGGGGGGGCGUAUAUGAUUACCGCGUUUAUCAACAUCUUCAUUCAGUCUUACGUCCUUCUCAAUAGCUACGAGCAUCUGUCAGCCAAUGUCGUGUUCGUCUUGACCUACGCUGUGCUUCUUCUUCAUGACAGCACCAGGUACCUGCCAUUCCCCAAGGGCACGCUGCAUGUGAUUGCAUCAGUGCCAUACACGUGUGCGGCGGUCAUGUUCUUCUUCCACUCCACGGGGCACAACGGCCCCAUCGAGGCCCGCUACCACAUCUUCCUCGUCCUCCUCCUCUCAGCCACCGCCCUCACAUUGCUCCUCACCGCCGCCUUUCCCAGAAGCUUCCUCCUGGAUACGCUGUCGAAUGUGGGGAUCAUACUUCAGGGCUCGUGGCUGUUGGUGACGGGUGCAUCCCUGUACGGUUACAUGCAGCCCUCGCACUGCCGCACCGACCCCACAGACCAAGAUUACAAGCUGAUUUGCGAGGAGCACAAGUGGGAGCACAUGGGGCUGGCGUUUUCCUAUGUGCACUUGGCAAUGCUCAUCUGCCUUGUACUGGUGCUCGCUGUGGGGUUCUAUGCGCUUGCUGCGCUGAGCGCUCCCAGCAGCUCCAUUGAUUUCAUUCUUGGCACAGAUGCUCGUACAGAGGGCUGCAACCCGAGCGGUGCUUUUGUCGCUUCUGCUGCUGCAAGUGCUGUGGUUCAUCCCUGGAAUUUUGAAGGGGCUGAAGUUGGCAAGAACGGUCAAGCCAUGCCCAUGGCAGCUGCUGUUGUGGACGUGCAGGGCGAAGAGGCAAGCUUGCUUGGAGACAAGGAACGGUGCUCCGUGACUGCCGUGUAA